AUGCAUAGCUGGCCGUGGGGGCUGCUGCUCACUGCACACACGCUCCUGGCCAUGAGCGCCGGACUGCUGGCGCCCGCCGACCCCUGCCAUGACGAGGGCGGCGCACCCCGCGGCUGCGUGCCCGGCCUGGUGAACGCUGCCCUGGGCCGCGAGGUGCUGGCGUCCAGCACGUGUGGGCGACCGGCCACGCGGGCCUGCGACGCUUCGGACCCACGGCGGGCGCACCCGGCCGCUCUCUUGACGGCCGCAGCGGGGGGCACGGCUGGCCCCGUGUGCUGGCGCUCCGAGGCACUGGUGCGCGCACCCCUCAACGUGACCUUGACUGUGCCCUUGGGGAAGGCUUUCGAGUUGGUCUUCAUCAGCCUGCGUUUCUGCUCUCCGCCACCCGCUUCAGUGGCCUUGCUCAAGUCACAGGACCAUGGCCGCAGCUGGGCCCCACUUGGAUUCUUCUCUUCGCGCUGUGGCAUGGACUAUGGUCGCCCGCCUUUGCCUGCCACUGGCCCGGCUGGCCCUGGGCCCGAGGCCUUGUGCUUCCCAGCGCCCCAGGCCGAGCCCGACGGCGGCGGCCUCCUGGCCUUCAGUGUGCAGGAUGGCAGCCCCCCUGGUCUGGAUCUGGACAGCAGCCCGGUGCUGCAGGACUGGGUGACUGCCACAGACAUCAGAGUGGUGCUCACCAGACCUGCCCUGCUGGGGGACCCCAGGGACUCAGAGGCUGUGGUCCCCUAUGUCUACUCAGCCACGGAGCUGCAGGUGGGCGGCCGCUGCAAGUGUAAUGGGCACGCCUCACAAUGCCUGCUGGAAGCCCAGGGCCGCCUAGUCUGUGAUUGCCAGCAUGGCACCGAGGGCCCCGACUGUGGCCGCUGCAAACCCUUCUACUGCGACAGGCCAUGGCAGCGGGCCACCACCAGGGAUGCCCACGCUUGCAUUGCCUGCUCCUGCAAUGGCCAUGCCCGCCGCUGUCGCUUCAACAUGGAGCUGUACCGCCUGUCUGGCCGGCGCAGUGGGGGCGUUUGCCUCAACUGCCGUCACGACACAGCUGGCCGUCACUGCCACUACUGCAGAGAGGGCUUCUAUCGAGACCCCGGCCGCGCCCUGAGUGACCGCCGAGCUUGCAGGGCCUGUGACUGUCACCCGGUUGGGGCUGCUGGCAAAACCUGCAACCAGACCACAGGCCAGUGUCCCUGCAAAGACGGUGUCACCGGCCUCACCUGCAACCGCUGUGCCCCUGGCUUCCAGCAGAGCCGCUCACCCGUGGCCCCCUGUGUCAAGACCCCCGCCCCUGGGCCGACUGAAGAGAGCAGCCCGGUGGAGCCGCAGGACUGUGAUGCCCAUUGCAAACCUGCCAGGGGCAGCUACCGCAUCAGCCUCAAGAAGUUCUGCCGCAAGGACUAUGCGGUGCAAGUGGCCGUGGGUGCGCGCGGCGAGGCGCGCGGUGCUUGGACACGCUUCCCGGUGGCUGUGCUGGCCGUGUUCCGGAGCGGCGAAGAGCGCGCGCGGCGUGGGAGCAGCGCGCUCUGGGUGCCCGCGCGGGACGUGGCUUGCGGCUGCCCACGCCUCCUCCCCGGGCGCCGCUACCUGCUGCUGGGGGGCGGGUCCGGAGCCGCAGCGGGGGUCGCAGGGGGCCGGGGACCAGGGCUCAGCGCCACCAGCGGGAGCCUUGUGCUACCCUGGAGGGACGCGUGGACGCGGCGCCUGCGGAGGCUGCAGCGGCGUGAGCGGCGGGGGCGCUGUGGGGCUGCCUGA